AUGGUCUCUGCACCGUUUGCUCUUGAUGACACAAAGGUAGUGCCAUGUAACUAUGACUCGAAGGUAUAUUUGUAUGGGCAAGAGGUGAAAGAAGAGCCUAUCAAGCCUGAAGAAGCUAGUGGGAAUAUUACUGGAGCCGGGGGCAUAACCCGCAGUGGUAGAGUAUUCACACCAGUACCUCCCGCAUACAAUGGUAAUCAAGGAGCUUCAAACAGAAACCCGGGUAAACAAGUGGUGAAUGAUGAUGGCCGAGGGCAGAAUACGACUCAAAAAGCAAAUUCUACUGAUGAAGUGGAAGAAUUUCUCCACCUUAUCAAGAAAAGUGACUACAAAGUGGUCGAUCAGCUCAAUCAGACACCAUCAAAUAUAUAUAUGCUUUCACUUUUGAUGAGUUCAAAAGCGCACCGAGAAGCCCUGAUAAAGUUCUUACGGGCCGCACAUGUCCCUCAAGAAAUAUUAGUGAAUCAGUUUAAAGCUGUGGUGGCCAAUAUAUCUGCGAGCAGUUACCUGGGUUUCAACGAUGAUGAAUUUUCGCCUAAAGGUAGAAACCAUAACAAAGUGCUCCAUAUCUCAAUUGAAUGUGUGGACACAGUCCUAUCUAGAGUAUUGGUGGAUACCGAGUCUUCAUUAAAUGUUCUACCUAAGAACUCGCUUUCCAAGAUGACCAUUGAAGGAUUGGUGAUGAAACCCAACUCGCUCAUCGUGAGAGCAUUUGAUGGAUCAAGGCAAACCGUGAUAGGAGAGGUUGAUCUCCCCAUGAAGAUAGGGCCUCACAUCUUCUUCAUCAUAUUCUACAUGAUGGACAUUUACCCCACUUACAGCUGUCUCAAGGGACGCCCAUGGAUACAUUCGGCUAGCGCCGUGACUUCAACCCUCCACCAGAGACUAAAGUUCAUGAUUGAUAGUAAACUGGUAGUGGUAGAAGGAGAAAAAGAUAUAGUGGUGAGCCAUUUGGUGUCGUUCAGGUAUGUCGAGGUUGGAGGAGAGACUCAUGAGACUCCUUUCCAAGCCUUCAAUGUAGUGAACGUGGAAAUGACACCAACAGUGAAAGCUGCUCCAGGCACAAAACUCUCUAUGGCUUCAUGGAAAGAUGCAAGGACCAGAAUUCAGGCUCGCCACCCUACAGGCUGGGGCAGAGUUCUUGAUUUUCCAGUGAACAAAGAUAGAUCUUGGUUGGGAUUCCACUCUCUCCAGACGACUCAAAAGCCGAGUGCUGCUAGUACGAAGAAAGGGCUGAUUCCUGCGAUACCUGAUACUUUCACAAGUGCAGGUCAUCUCGGAGACAACUCAAUAUGUAUGAUGGAGGAAGAAAGCGGUUUGCCAGAGGAAGCAUACCUUGUGUACCAGAAGGCCAAAGGACAAACACUCAACAACUGGAUUGUCGUGGAUAUACCGGAAGUCACCUUCAUUGAAGAGUAA